CCUAAACCACCUGGUAUCUCUCACUUCUCAUCCCCAACAAUGAUAGCAACAACCUCACAUCGGGCUGUGGUGGCUCUUAGAUAUGCAGCGUCUGCCUCUGAGCAGAAAAUAGCUGCAACUCCCUCACGCAUGGUCAGCAGCCCCGUUGCAAGCUCCAGCCGUCUGAGCCUCGCCACACCCAUCGCAGCCCCUCCCAGCAGACCUUUUGUCAGCAUCCCCACCCGAUCCACCCUCACCUCUGCUGGUCGUCAGACUACCCUUCGGCAGCAGAAACUUGCCUCCUUACCUCGGCUUACGCCUCCAUCUCAUCGCACCCUCGCCACGCAUGCCCCCACUCUUACUUCCAAGCCGGAAAACCCAGAAGAGCCAAAUGUGUACAAGAAGGGCGAUCCGACGAUUCUCUUGACUGAGAGGGCGGUGAAACAGCUAUUGAAGAUUGCGCUCAAGGAUAAAGACAAGGCAGCCAGGCUAGGGCUGAGGAUCGCAGUUGAGCCAGGGGGAUGUCAUGGUUAUCAGUACAAGAUGGAGCUGGAGGAGGGCGAGGAGGGGCAAGAUGGGCCUGGGGAAGAGGAUGACUUUCGCUUCCAAGCAACGCAAGAAUCCGGCGAGAUCCCCCCUCUACCAAUCCUCAUCGACUCCAUCUCCCUCACACUCCUACAGGGCUCCACAAUCGACUAUGUCACCGAGCUCAUCGGAUCGCAAUUUGCCAUAAAGGACAAUCCGCAGGCAAAGGGAGCAGGAUGCGGAUGUGGUGUGAGCUGGGAACCCAUUGUCUGAGAAGGAGAGCCGGGUGUGUUGUAAUAUAAGAAUUGAAACCCAUAAUGAUGUGCAAGUCUGAAUCUCAUUUGUCUUGGUACAAGUACACCUGUAAUUCCUCUUUACACUCUUCAGCCAGCUCAUCCGCUCACUAAGCGACCAACUUCUGCAACGCCUCUUCAUACGGGCCCUUUAAUCCCUCCAAUUGUCCCUCUUCCACCUUGAUCUUCUCAAGCUUCCUGCCCUCACUCCUCUUGACACCAGCCUUGAUCAUCCCCUUGAAAUGUCUCGCCUCCUGACUCUCGACCAAACUCCAACUCUUGC